CUUCCCAGUGCUCCGCGAGAAGAGGGCACGCGAAGCUCCUCCGCGCCAGGACCCCCGCCGAGCCGCCACCUCGCCCGGAGGACAGCCGCGGAGCCUCGCCUAGGCGGCAUCUGCGAGCGCCGCGCCUGGGCUCUGCCAGCUCCGGGGAGGCGCCGCCCGCAAGGACACCUCUCCGUCCCGCCUAGUCCUCAACUCCGGCCCCUGUCGAGCUCGACGCGAGCCAGGAGUCCCGACGUCCCUCCGUGCGCGGCGCAGCAGCCGGAGCUGUCCUCGCUGCCCCAGCGAGGAGCCAACUCCAUCUCGGACCUGCGACUCUUAACUCGGACUCUCAGCCGCCGCGCACCUCGGGAGUGCGCUCGCCGCCCCGCCGUCGUCCCGCUGUCCUCUCCCACCGCUCAGGACGGGGGUGCCAAGAUGCCCAGCUGCCGCACAAGGUCCCGGGCCGCCCCCGACGUGUGACCCCAGCCUGGUCCCCCUGCUCGGCCGGCCGCCCUCUCCUUGGAGACCCCCUGAUCGGCUCCUGGGGGAGGAGGAAGAAGACGAGGCCGAAGGGGGCAUGUCCGGCUCCAAGAGCGUGAGUCCCCCGGGCUACGCGGCGCAGACCGCCGCGGCACCGGCCCCCCGGGGGGGUCCCGAGCACCGCUCCGCAUGGGGCGAGGCGGAUUCCCGAGCCAACGGCUACCCCCACGCCCCCGGGGGCUCUGUCCGCGGGUCCACCAAGAAACCCGGAGGGGCGGCCACCCCGCAGCGGCAGCAGCGCCUCGCUGGCCGCUGGCGCGGGGACGACGACGACGACGCCCCGCUUAGAGGCGACGACCCCUUGGCCGGGGGCUUCGACUUCAGCUUCCGCUCCAAGUCCGCCUGGCAGGAGCGCGGCGGCGAGGACUGCGGUCGCGGCAGCCGGAGGCAGCGGCGGGGCGCGGCCGGCGGGGGCAGCACCCGGGCGCCCCCUGCGGGCGGCGGCGGCGGCGCGGCGGCCGCGGCGGGCGGGACGGAGGUGCGCCCCCGCUCGGUGGAGCUGGGCCUGGAGGAGCGACGGGGCAAGGGCCGCGCGGCCGACGAGUUGGAGGCCGGCGCCGUCGAGGACGGCGAGGGGUCCGGGGAUGGCGGUAGCUCGGCAGGCUCGAGCUCCGGGCCUGGCGCGGUGCUGUCGCUGGGCGCCUGCUGCCUGGCUUUGCUGCAGAUAUUCCGCUCCAAGAAGUUCCCAUCGGACAAGCUGGAGCGGUUGUACCAGCGCUACUUCUUCCGCCUGAACCAGAGCAGUCUCACCAUGCUGAUGGCCGUGCUAGUGCUCGUGUGCCUCGUUAUGCUGGCCUUCCACGCGGCGCGGCCCCCGCUCCAGCUGCCUUACCUGGGCGUGCUGGCCGCCGCCGUGGGUGUGAUCCUUGUCAUGGCCGUGCUCUGCAACCGCGCUGCCUUCCACCAGGACCACAUGGGCCUGGCCUGCUACGCGCUCAUCGCUGUGGUGCUGGUCGUCCAGGUCGUGGGUCUGCUGAUGCCGCAGCCGCGUAGCGCCUCGGAGGGCAUCUGGUGGACCGUGUUUUUCAUCUACACCAUAUACACGCUGCUGCCCGUCCGCAUGCGGGCUGCGGUGCUUAGCGGGGUGCUCCUGUCUGCGCUCCACCUGGCUAUCGCCCUGCGCACCAAUGCCCAGGACCAGUUCCUGCUCAAACAGCUUGUCUCCAAUGUCCUCAUUUUCUCCUGCACCAACAUCGUGGGCGUCUGCACCCAUUACCCGGCCGAGGUCUCCCAGAGACAGGCCUUCCAGGAGACCCGGGAGUGCAUCCAGGCACGGCUCCACUCGCAGCGGGAAAACCAGCAGCAGGAGCGGCUUCUGCUGUCGGUCCUUCCCCGCCACGUUGCCAUGGAGAUGAAAGCAGACAUCAAUGCCAAGCAGGAGGAUAUGAUGUUCCACAAGAUUUACAUUCAGAAGCAUGACAAUGUGAGCAUCCUGUUUGCUGACAUCGAGGGCUUCACCAGCCUGGCAUCCCAGUGCACCGCCCAGGAGCUAGUCAUGACCCUCAACGAGCUCUUCGCCCGCUUUGACAAGCUGGCUGCGGAGAAUCACUGUUUACGCAUUAAGAUCCUGGGGGACUGUUACUACUGCGUCUCGGGGCUGCCUGAGGCCAGGGCCGACCAUGCCCACUGCUGCGUGGAGAUGGGCAUGGACAUGAUUGAGGCCAUCUCGUUGGUCCGGGAGGUGACCGGAGUAAACGUGAACAUGCGUGUGGGAAUUCACAGUGGACGAGUACACUGCGGUGUCCUUGGUCUCAGGAAGUGGCAGUUCGACGUCUGGUCUAAUGACGUCACACUGGCCAACCACAUGGAGGCCGGGGGCAAGGCAGGGAGGAUCCAUAUCACCAAGGCCACACUCAACUACCUGAACGGUGACUACGAGGUGGAGCCGGGCUGUGGGGGCGAGCGCAACGCCUACCUCAAGGAGCACAGCAUCGAGACCUUCCUCAUCCUGCGCUGCACCCAGAAGCGGAAAGAAGAGAAGGCCAUGAUUGCCAAGAUGAACCGCCAGAGAACCAACUCCAUCGGGCACAACCCGCCACACUGGGGGGCCGAGCGCCCUUUCUACAACCACCUAGGUGGCAACCAGGUGUCCAAGGAGAUGAAGCGGAUGGGUUUCGAAGACCCCAAAGACAAGAAUGCGCAGGAGAGUGUGAACCCUGAGGAUGAAGUGGAUGAGUUCCUGGGCCGGGCCAUUGAUGCCCGGAGCAUCGACAGGCUGCGCUCUGAGCAUGUCCGCAAGUUCCUCCUGACCUUCAGGGAGCCUGACCUAGAGAAGAAGUACUCCAAGCAGGUGGACGACCGCUUCGGUGCCUAUGUGGCGUGCGCGUCACUUGUCUUCCUCUUCAUCUGCUCCGUCCAGAUCACCAUCGUGCCCCACUCCGUGUUCAUGCUGAGUUUCUACCUGACCUGUUUCCUGCUGCUGGCCUUGGUGGUGUUUGUGUCCGUGAUCUACUCCUGUGUGAAGCUCUUCCCCAGCCCACUGCAGACGCUCUCUAGGAAGAUUGUGCGGUCCAAGAUGAACAGCACUCUGGUCGGGGUAUUCACCAUCACCUUGGUGUUCCUGUCAUCUUUUGUCAACAUGUUCACCUGCAAUGCCAAGGACCUGACGGGCUGCCUGGCGGAGGAGCACAAUAUCAGCGUGAGCCAGGUCAACGCAUGCCACGUGGCAGAGUCAGCCUUCAACUACAGCCUGGGCGAUGAGCGAGGCUUCUGCGGCAGCCUCUGGCCCAACUGCCACUUCCCUGAGUAUUUCACUUACAGCGUGCUGCUCAGCCUGCUGGCCUGCUCCGUGUUCCUGCAGAUCAGCUGCAUCGGGAAACUGGUGCUCAUGCUUGCCAUCGAGCUCAUCUAUGUGCUGGUCAUUGAGGUGCCUGGGGUCACACUCUUUGACAAUGCGGACCUGCUGGUCACUGCAAAUGCCAUAGACUUCAGCAACAACGGGACCUCCCAGUGCCCUGAGCAUGCAACCAAGGUGGCGUUGAAGGUGGUGACACCCAUCAUCAUCUCCGUCUUUGUGCUGGCCCUGUACCUGCACGCCCAGCAGGUGGAGUCCACUGCUCGUCUCGACUUCCUCUGGAAACUGCAGGCCACGGAGGAGAAGGAGGAGAUGGAGGAGUUGCAGGCCUACAAUCGGCGGCUGCUGCACAACAUCCUGCCCAAGGAUGUGGCUGCCCACUUCCUGGCCCGUGAGCGGCGCAACGACGAGCUCUACUACCAGUCCUGCGAGUGCGUGGCCGUCAUGUUCGCCUCCAUUGCCAACUUCUCUGAGUUCUACGUGGAACUGGAGGCCAACAAUGAGGGUGUUGAGUGCCUGCGGCUGCUCAACGAGAUCAUCGCUGACUUUGAUGAGAUCAUCAGUGAGGAUCGCUUCAAGCAGCUGGAGAAAAUCAAGACCAUCGGCAGCACCUACAUGGCCGCCUCAGGCCUCAACGACUCCACCUACGACAAGGCGGGCAAGACCCACAUCAAAGCCCUGGCGGACUUUGCCAUGAAGCUGAUGGACCAGAUGAAGUACAUCAACGAGCACUCCUUCAACAACUUCCAGAUGAAGAUUGGGCUCAACAUUGGCCCUGUGGUGGCCGGGGUGAUUGGAGCUCGAAAGCCUCAGUAUGACAUCUGGGGCAAUACGGUGAACGUAGCCAGCCGCAUGGACAGCACUGGUGUGCCUGACCGCAUCCAGGUCACCACGGACAUGUACCAGGUGCUGGCUGCCAACACGUACCAGCUGGAGUGCCGGGGUGUGGUCAAGGUGAAGGGCAAGGGCGAGAUGAUGACCUACUUCCUCAAUGGAGGCCCCCCACUCAGUUAGCAACCGCCAGUGGUGGUGCCGCAGCCCGGCCUCCGCAGGAAGGGAAACGGCUUCUUUGGCUCCACACUGCAGGCAAGGAACCUGCACUCGGCCGCACCCCCGUGCUGAGAUUUCCACCUGAGACUCAGAAGCGGCCUCUGCCUUUGCUGGUGGGCACGGCCUCUGGCCCAAGCCCUGGUGCCAGCGUCCUGCGAGCACCAAGCUGACCAAAGAUGUUUCCUCUGCAGAAGACUCUGCUGGACUCGGCUGAAAAUUGUUUUCUGGCAGGUGCUGCCACUGUAGUGGAGGGGCGCUGCUGGAGCCCAACACAUGGCAGCAGGCGCAAGGAGGUCACAGCUUGGAUGGGGGGGCAGGCCGGACACUGGCCUGAGUAGCAGACUACUCCCGACAGAGGCUGUGCCCCGGGCCCUGGUGGUGCUCAGGGCAGAGUGCUGGCUGUGGAGGGGCCAGGCCUUCACACAGACACAGAGUGCCCUGUGAGGGAAACGGGGCUGAUUGUGAGGGGGAGGCAGGCGGAUGCUAAGCAAGAAGUGUGGGCUCUAAAGAAAAGAAAAUAUUUAUUAAAUAAAACACGUUUUUUGUGCCCUUCUUUAGACUAUGCUAGUUGUAUUCGUGUAAGAGACACAAGCAAACCAGGAUGGCACAGGGGAGGGAGGGCAGGGGUCCUGACUUGUCUUUUUUGUAUUUUUUAUUUUGUAUUAUUGAAAGCCUUGGACACCUAACAAAUACACCAAAUUCUAUAUUUUGUAAAUCCUCUAUAUUAGAAAAUGGCUGUGCACUGCGGGGUGUGUGUGCGCAUUUGUACUGUACGUCUGUCGGUGUGUGCACUGGUGUACAUACGCGUGUGUUCAUGCUGCAACCCUGCUCUCCCGCAGGCUCUGUUUCCCUCCCUUCAGACUUGGCAGACUUUGGCUUUCCCAGAUACAACCAGAGCAGGGGUGGGUCCCCUGGGGUCCCACACAUUCAGAUGAAGCAGGAGGAUGAUACCGAGACACAUCACCCCAUCUUUAACACCCACACCCACACCCAUCCCACUUGGCCUAAGUGAAAUGCAGACAGAAGAGGAGGAAGACAGAAAGCUGCUCUUCCACCCCAAGCUGUGUUGGAAGCAGGGAAUACAGCCACAUCCCGAGUGGGCAGCAUGGCUUGUUUUGUCUGGCUUUUGUUUUAGUGCAGAGAGGGCACAAAUACUGAGGAAAGCAAACCCAUGUUUAGCACUUCUAUACGGGUGGCAGUGGGAAAACAAUGCGCUAUCACAGAGAUGCAUUUAUGUGGCAUCCAUAGCGCCUGUGCCCAGAUCCCUUCACUGUUUCUCAGGACAGAACCUCUCUCUCCUCCCGCAAGUUUGGAGGAGGCGGCGGCAGCCCCAUGCUGGUUGCUGAAAUGUGACUGUGAUGUCUACCUGCAUCUCCUCACCUUGGAACCCAGCUCUAAGAAGCAAAACUGUGGACCCCAAACUGCCAAGCCUGAGUCUGUCCCAUGCUUCUGCGGCUCCACCUUUGAGUUCUGCCUUGGCCUCUGGCCUCUGAAGGGGCCAGCUUUGUGUUCUUGGAGUCCCUGCCUCCAUCCAGCCCCCUAGUGGUGAUGGUGGUGGUGGUUUCGCUUCCAACCUGAGUAGUGUGUGAGUGCUGCAUCCAUCCUGUGCCCUCGUGGGUCAUGGCCUCGUGGGUCAUGGCCUCGUGGGCCCUCCCCACCCCAGCAAUGACUGGUGACAGCGUGCAGUGCUAGCUCUGCGUUCCAAGGGUGUGCACUCUUUUUACUCCGGCUCUUGCAAAAAUGGAUACAAUUAUGAUUUCCCAUGGAAAUUGAAAAAUCUAUUUAAGUAAUUUAACUAUUAAACACUUUCACUGGUAA